CCCACCACACGACGACUCGCACUCGCACAGAUCGGAUAGAGACAGGAGAGAUGGCUGGGAGGCUAACCGCAGCGGGGUCCCGCAUCCUGGGCGGCGGCGGCGCACGCGCCGCGGCCGCAGCGCUCCGGCAACGCGCCGGCAUGGGUCUCCCCGUAGGCCGCCACAUCGUCCCCGACAAGCCCCUCCCUACGAACGAUGAGUUGGUGUGGGACAACGGCACGCCCUUCCCGGAGCCCUGCAUCGACCGCCUCGCCCCGCACAUCGGCAAGUAUGAGGCGUUGGCGUGGCUGUGCGGAGGACUGGGGUUCUUUGCUGCUCUCGGUGUGGCCGCCACUGUAAACGACAAGGCCUCCAAGAUCCCAUAUACUCCCAAAGUCUACCCAUACGACAAUUUGAGAGUGGAACUUGGUGACAGGCCAUAGAAGACUAGUCGCCCAGCACUGUCAUAGUGUGAUGAGCUCUAUGUCUCCGUUCAUCAUAUAAAAGCAGGGGAACUUGUUGUUUAUCAUGUUUGUUUUUGUUGUGAUUACCAUGUUGUAAACUGCCAUCGUGUGAUUUGCUUAAUCUUGUCAAGCAUGUCAAAGCCAACAAUAAUGCAACCAGUGUCUUUGAGCAACUAUUUCACAGGCUAAGCGUUCAACUUCAACGAUUUGAUGUCUGAUUUGCUUUGUUCA